AUGGAGAUGGAGUUCCAGGUGUGGGAUGCCACCAGUGGAUGGCACCAAGCCUUCCUCGAUGUGUCUGACCGCUGCUACGACUACAAUGCCCGGGUGGGUCGGUCCCAGGAGAACAGAUCCCGCAACCGCUACGCGGACGUGAGCCCCUACGACCACAGCAGGGUGCACCUGAAGAUCGAGCAGAACGACUACAUCAACGCCAGCUUCGUGGUGGUGGAGAAGGCCCAGCGGAAAUACAUCCUGACGCAGGGGCCGCUGCCCAACACGUGCGGCCACUUCUGGCUCAUGGUGUGGCAACAGAACAGCAGGGCUGUGAUCAUGCUCAACAGGCUGGUGGAGAAGAAUUCCAUGAAGUGCUCCCAGUACUGGCCCCCCUGCCAGGGCCAGACCCUCUUCUUCGAGGAGAUGGGCAUCAGCGUGUUCAUGAUGAAGGAGGAGGUGAGGACCUCCUUCACGGUCCACUUCCUGAGGCUGAAGAACACGAUGACAAGAGAGGUCAGGUCCGUCUUCCACUUCCACUACACCAGCUGGCCCGACUUCGGGGUGCCUAAAGCGCCGGCCUCCUUCCUGUCCUUCCUUUUCAUGGUGAGGGAGUCGGGCUGCCUCAACGAUGAGCAGGGGCCCGCGGUCAUCCACUGCAGCGCCGGCAUCGGGCGGUCGGGCAUCUUUGCUCUGGUCGAUACCUGCCUGGUCCUGAUGGAGAAGAGAGAGGACCCCUUUUGCCUGAACAUCAGACAAGUAUUGGUGAACCUGAGAAAGUACCGGAUGGGACUUAUCCAGACCCCAAAACAGCUAAGAUUCUCCUACAUGGCUAUCAUCGAAGGGGCAAAAUUCCUCAUGGCAGAUGAAAAUUUCAAGAAAAACUGGAAAGCACUUAGCAAUCAAGACCUGAAGCCUUUCUCUGAGGUCUAA